UCAGUCGAAACGGACUUCGCUCCAGACCCCUAAGUCCAAGUAUCUCGCAGGCAAGCGGUUCUAGCUUGGGAUUGAUCUAAAGUUGAAAUAAAACUUGGGAUUGAUCGAAAGUUGAAAUAAAACUUGGGAUUGAUCUAAAGUUGAAAUAAAACUUGGGAUUGAUCUAAAGUUGAAAUAAAACUUGGGAUUGAUCUAAAGUUGAAAUAAAACUUGGGAUUGAUCUAAAGUUGAAAUAAAACUUGGGAUUGUACUAAAGUUGAAAUACAAACUUCAAAAUGCGUUCUUGCGGUCCGAGUUUAAUUAAAUAUGUCUUGUUCGCCUUUAAUGUGCUCUUUGCGAUCUCCGGCUUGGGAAUUCUCAUAGCUGGUGCCGUUGUCCUGGCCGAUGUGAGUGAAUUCAAUCACUUUGUCGAGGGUCGAGUCCUGGCACCGCCCAUUGUCCUUAUAGUCACGGGCCUGAUCAUAUUCCUGAUAGCUUCGCUGGGCUGUUUCGGAGCGAUCAAGGAGUCUCCUACGCUUCUAAUUACGUUCGCUGUCCUUCUGGCCGUCAUCUUCAUUGUGGAGCUGGCCGUCGGGAUUGCGGCCAGCGUUUUCAAGAAGGACCUGGAGGGAAUGGUGAAGAACUCGCUGCAGGAGUCCAUCAAGCGCUCGAACAGCGAGGACACCAUGGCCUGGGACAACAUCCAGCAGAAGCUGAUGUGCUGCGGUGUGGACUCCCCGGCGGACUGGAGGACACUCAGUGCGAACAAAACGCUGCCGGGCAGCUGUUGUCAGCCGCAGUUCAUCGACACCACGGUGGGUCACUGCCUGGACUCACCGGCUCUGGGUAAGGAUAAGUACUUCCAGGAUGGCUGUGUCGGCAAGCUGAGGGAUCGCAUCGAGAAGAACGCCAUCAUACUGAUCGGUGUGGGCAUCGGCAUUGCUUUUAUCCAAAUUCUGGGCAUCGUUCUGGCCUGCUAUCUAGCCAACUCCAUUCGACAGGAGCGGGCCAAGUAAUACCCAUCAAAGCAAUUACACCGAGUGUAAUCCAUCCAUAAAUAUAAUUAAUAGCUGUUUAAUUUUAUAUAGUUGAAAUUCCUGUACCGUUGAAUUCUGCUCAAUUUACAUUACUUACUUACUUUACGGUCAUUAAACUUACCCUCAAAAUCGAAAGACACACAUUUAUAUGAAAAACGCAACAAUUCAUAUGAGUUCCAAUCAUUUUCUUUACCAGACUCUCUGUUUUCAAAUCCGAUGCCAUCUCAGUUUUCAAAUUCCAUCUAUCUUAUUGUGUUUUUGAAAUAUAUCCCCUACUCAAUCUUUUAUAAUGCAUUUUUGUAAAAACAGCCAUGUUUCAAUUAAAUGUGUAUACCUUUUCAUGGAAAAUUGUUGCUUUGUAAUAUCGAAUAAAAAUUAGCCAUAUUUAUAAUAUCAAUAAAUAUUACCUUACUACCGUUUUGGCAAAUGAGUUUUCCCAUUGCUGAAUGUUAGGUG